AUGUUAACAUUAUUUUUGUUAGUUUUAUUGACUCGGAUUGUUGUUGCUCCAAUUCCAAAUCAUAAUGAUUUAGAUAUUCAAGAGAAUUUACCCCAUCAAGAUUUACAAGAUUUAACUUUUUUCAACCAAGUUGUAAAUAUGGAAGAUUGGGAUCCAAAUAGAUCCUUAAGAUAUAAACGGAAUAUCAAAAGAGAUUAUGUUGAAAACGAUAAAUUGUCAAUUACUGACAAUUCAACAUUUUUGGCUCAAGGUGGUAAAGAGGAAAAAGGCACUAAACCUAAAUGGCAUGUUGGAGCAGGAAUUUUCUUAAAUAAGGAAAAUUAUGCUAAUUCAGAAAAGACAUUAAUUAAAUACAUUGAUGAUAAAAGUGAAGAAGAGUAUUGUUCUGGUGAUGAGUGGUCAAGUGAUGAGGAUGGAAGCAAACUCAAAUGGUUUAAACCUUUUUCUGUUCCUUUAAAUGAAACAAAAGAUAUUUCCAUUAUACCAAGUUCAAAAAUAGUUAGUACUAAUAAAGAUGGUACAUUCUUUAGUGAUACGGGAACUCUACAAGGAAAAUUUGCCAAUGCUUCUAAAUCUAUUGAUGAUAGUUUAUCUAUGGGAUCUGGUGGUGUUACUAUUCAUAUUAGCUGUAUGUUUUUUUGUUAUAUACUUUUUGUUACAAUUAUGAACAACGUAUUCUUAUAA